AAAAGUGAUGUUUUGGAAGGCGCAUGAAUAACUGAAAUAUUCAGGAAAAUGGAUAUGAAUCACAGCCACAGAGCUUAAGUAAAAGCUUACCUGAUUGGAUUUAUUCAAAUUAUUUCCUAUAGCAUGAGAGCUGAAGACCCGGGCAUGGGAACCACAAUGGCAGAGUUUUCCAUUCUCACUCAUUGCAGGGCAUGAUGGUUUUGCAAUACUUGGAAGUGUGCUUUUUGAUAUGAAAAUUUGGUGGACCAAGUUUAUGCUCAUCCGUGCAUCUUUGCAUUUGAUUGGUUUGAGUUCCUGACGAGGCAUGUGCAAACAAUCCACUUGCUCCCACUUGUUUUUAGCCCAAUCUAAUCAACAUGCAUGCCUCCUCUCACUCUCUCUCCAAUCAGAGAUGAGUGAAGGGGUUUCUACACUUGAAGAUAAACUAUGUUUUCUUUUAGACAUAUGUGACAAUUUGAGGAGCUUCAGCAAUGACUUGUGGUUUUCAUUAUAACAAGACAAAAGAAAAGCUUCUUGUGGGUGAUCUUGCCAAGUUGUAGGAGCUAAUCCUAUUGGUUCCAUUCCACUGUGGUCCUCUCACGUUCAUCAUUCAUCGAGGUUGAGUAUUAUUUCAGUGAUGAAAAUCUGCCUGCAGAUAAAUUUCUGUUGAAACAAAUGAAGAAGGAUAAGGCAGGAUUUGUGCCCAUUGCACUUAUUGCAUCUUUCAGGAAAAUGAAAAAGCUUGUACAGGAUCUCUGUUUGAUUGAGGCAGCACUCCGGACAUCGACUGAGCUUGUUGUUAGUUCAGAUGGAAAAAGAGUAAAAAGAUCAAAGCCAUUGUCAAUUGCUGAAAUAAAUGAUGCUAAAGCACGAACUAUUCUGGUGGAGAAUCUACCUCAGGAUUAUUCAACUGCAAAUAUGCAAAAGAUCUUUGGGAAUGUUGGAAAGAUAAAUGAGAUUACUAUUUGUGAUCCUCAUCUAGUGGAGGAAUCAGCAAACAAUAAAAAGGUGAAGGCAGUGAGCAGCAAGCUCCAUGCACUGAUUGAGUACGAGACGGUUGAGACUGCAAAGAGUGCUGUGGCCACACUGAAUGAUGAAAAGAAUUGGAGGACGGGGAUGCGGGUUGAGAUUCUUCUUGAGCGAAUGAGAAAAUAUGGGCUUAUACAAAAGGAUCAUAAGGAGACACUUCCUGAAAAGAAGACUAGGGCUGAAGAACCAAAUACAGAUGCUGCUUAUGUUGAUGGACGAAGUUCAAAAGCCACAUAUGAUAAUGUUGGGAUGGCCAACAAAGGGGAAGAGGAGCAUCUUCCUAGUGAAAAGGCAGGGCGAAGAGGUCGAUACAAAAGCCGUGGAAGAGGUCAACUUCCUCAAAAUUCAAAUAAGGAUGCUAAUGAUCAUGGCUCUUCUUUGACCUCUGAAAUUGUGAGCAAACCUCUUCCAGGGCCCAAAGAUGCCAGAUGGAACCAGAGGGUUUACAAUGGGGCGAGGCAAACCGAUUGUUUAGCACUACAAUCAAUCAGGAUGUAAAGAUAUAACAAGACGAGGGGAAAAAAAUUGUUCUCUUUCAAGUGGUUUCCUGCACAAUUUGUUUUCAGGUUUUCUUUUAAUGUAUCUUUUCGUGUUUUCUCAACUUUUCAAUCCACAAACAGGGAUGACAAAUGCAAAAGAUGUUGAUUGUCUGUCAUUUUUACUCGUGCUCUAUUUGCAAGUGAAAAAUGUGAAAAUGAUACAAUUUCUUUGCUCGACA